UGCUGUGGUGAAGUCAGCAAAUGGAGCGGUAGCGACGCAGUAAAGAGCCAAUUGUGCAGCAAUAACUGGCUAAUAAAUUAAUAAUUACUCUAAAAUUCGUUGUCGUAAUCAAAUUGAACACAAAAAGCGCAGAGGAAAACGCUAAUAAUGAACAGAUCUGUGCAUAUAAAUAUGUCGACAAGUAUCGAAGCGUAAAAAUCGAAGACGACCAGCAACCAACCCCACAUUUGGAACCAACACAAACACAAAAAACAACAAUAAAAAAACAUAAAAAGAGAAAUCAUAAUAAAAGAACCCCGCUCCGUUGUUGCUGGUUCUUCGUGCGCUUCAAAUAGAGAGAGUUGUGCAUAGAGCGGGCCAGAGAGCGAGCGACAAGUACCACCUAUAGCCUUAGUAGUAGAUAAACACACACGUGCUCACCGAAACAGCAACACCGAUACCAAUACCGACAGGAACAGCAACCGACCGACCAGUUGGCCAGCCAAGUAUAAAAAUGUCGUCGCCCAGUGCUGGUAAACGACGUAUGGACAAUGAUGUCAUUAAGCUAAUUGAAUCCAAGCACGAAGUCACCAUACUGGGCGGCCUCAAUGAGUUCCAUGUUAAGUUCUUUGGACCAACGGGGACUCCGUAUGAGGGCGGUGUUUGGAAAGUGCGCGUAUAUCUGCCCGACAAUUAUCCUUUUAAAUCACCAAGCAUUGGUUUUGUGAACAAAAUCUAUCAUCCCAAUAUUGACGAAUCGUCCGGCACUGUCUGCCUUGACGUUAUCAAUCAGGCCUGGACGGCCCUCUAUGAUCUCUCCAACAUAUUUGAGUCGUUUUUGCCGCAGCUGCUCACAUAUCCGAAUCCCGUCGAUCCCCUCAAUCGAGAUGCGGCCGCACUGUACCUACACGAACCGGAGGAAUACCAUCGAAAGGUGGCCGAUUAUGUGCAACGAUAUGCGACCGAGGAUGCGCUGAGGGCGGCGCAACAGGAGCGGGAGAGCAGCGACAGCGAGUCAAGCAUGUCGGACUAUAGUGAAGACGAGGCCAGAGAUAUGGAGUUAUAAUAUCGGUUUAAUUUUCUUAAUUAUAAACGACAGCGUAAUGCUAUUAGUAGCCUGAUCUAAAGUGCAUAUGCAGAUCAUUAUAUAUAUAUAGACAUAUAUGUACAUAUAUAUAUGCAUAUGUGCUCGAUCUAUAAUCAACCAAUUAUGAUAAAUGGGAUAUGAACGUGAUUCGAUGAUUGCGCAUGCCAGCCAUUCAUUUGAUUGACAAGUGCAUGGAUAUGUGCGCACAUACACAUACAUACAAACAUACAUACAAACAUACAUCUAUACAUACAUAAAUACAUAUAGACAGACCGACAGACAGACGCAUAUAUAAAUGUAUGUGUACAUAAAUAUAAAAAUAAUUUAAGCAGAAAGUUUGCAAAGGAAAACAAUUAGUAAUAGCUAUUAAUAGCUGAUAAAACAAAACAAAGAGGAAAUAUAACAAACAACAAAAAAUAUAUAUUAUAUAUAACUUUUGGAAACAUAACAAAACUAGGUAACAAGUUGACGAUAAGUGUGUGGCUAAGUGUACCACAAAAAAUUGAACAGAAUAUUAUGCAGUUUAGUGUGACGCAAUUAAAUGGCUCUGAUAAGUAAAUACAUACAUACAAACAAACAAACAAACAAACAAACAAUAAUAUGUCACAUGUAAAAUAUUUAAUCACGUUCGUGCUAAAACUUUAGAGAUGUGCAGCAGCCAAUCAAGUCGAGCAUUCUAAAUAAUUAUAUAUGUACAUACAUGCAUUGGUAAAUAUAUAUAACUAUGUGUAUAUACAUGCGUAUGUGUAUGUGUAUGUGCAUGCAGAUGAUACAUACACACACACAUAAGAGAAAAGAGAGAAAAUUGUCUACGAUUGUGUGUUCCAUAACGAACGCCAUGGCAACAUUGGUUGGCUUUGCAAUUUUUUUAAAGUUUAUAGCGCGUACAAAUACAGAUUCUCUCUAAAACACAAAUAUACAAAACACACACACACACACAUACACGCAUGUAUGUAUGUAACAAAGUUCAGACAAUGUCUGCCGCUGUCCAAUGCACGCGAUAAUGAGGCUUCAGCAUUGAUGAUUGUUACAUGCACACGGGUCUGUUUCUCAAUUGUUCAAAAUAGCUUAAAUAAAUUGCAGUCCACAACAACAAUAACAACAACAUCAGGACACACAUACACACACACACAAACAACACUACACAACUACCUUUUUCGCAUUGUAACUUAAAGAUGAUGACAAAUGUAUCCGACAGGCAGACUUUAUGACAAGUUCAAGCCUUUUCCAGUUGGAUCGCUGACUUGAAAACAAACAACUAGAACGGGCCUCAAGACGUGCACUUUACGUUAAAUACUUACUACAACGAAACACGUGCUAAUAGUAUAUGCAUUUUGUCAAAUCAAACACAUUAACGACACAUUGUCAUCAACACACACUUAAAAACAAUAACAAUAAUAACAAUAACAACUUAGAUUUGUGCAAAAGCUAUUGCAGUUUUGUUAGCCAAAAAUGCCAGAUGAUGAAGAGCGCGUAUCUAAAUAAAAAGUAGAGUUGGCGAUUCAACUGAAAAAUCUUACCACAGUAACAGCAACAAGAGCAGCAGUUAUCGAAACGUUCUUUUUUUCUUGUUAUUAUAUUAAUAUUAUGAUUAUUACUAUGGUUAUUAUGUAAUUUAUAUGCGUAGGAUUUUUAUUGAUUGAUUGUGUGUGUAAUUUUAAAUGAUUAA